AUGGCGAAUUCGAGAACUAUUUUGAUCUUGUGCGGUGACUACAUGGAAGACUAUGAGGUUAUGGUCCCGUUCCAGGCUUUGCAAGCUUUCGGAGUCUCUGUCCAUACCGUCUGCCCCGGGAAAAAGGCCGGUGACUCUUGCCCCACCGCCGUUCACGAUUUCUGCGGCCACCAGACCUAUUCGGAGUCGCGAGGCCACAAUUUCACUCUUAAUGCAACAUUUGAUGAAGUUGACUUCACCAAGUACGACGGAUUGGUUAUCCCAGGAGGACGAGCUCCUGAAUACCUGGCGUUGAAUGCAUCCGUCGUUGAGUUGGUUAAAAAGUUCUCGAGCUCAGGGAAGCCCAUAGCUUCUAUCUGCCACGGACAGUUGAUAUUGGCAGCUGCAGACGCAGUCAAAGGUCGAAGCUGCACAGCUUACGCAACUCUUGGACCUGCCCUUAUCGCUGCAGGGGCCAAGUGGGUGGAGCCAGUAACGCCUGGUAUUUGUGUCACUGAUGGCAGUUUGAUUACUGCAGCUACGUAUGAGGGCCAUCCUGACUUUAUCCAGCUUUUCUUGAUGGCUCUGGGCGGCAUAACAAGUGGAGGAGAUAAAAGAAUCUUGUUUCUUUGUGGGGAUUACAUGGAAGACUAUGAAGUCAAAGUCCCAUUUCAGUCGCUUCGAGCUUUGGGGUGUGAAGUUGAUGCGGUUUGUCCAGGGAAGAAGGCUGGUGAUCGAUGCCCAACUGCGAUCCAUGACUUUGAGGGUGACCAGACUUACAGUGAGAAACCAGGCCACACUUUUGGUUUGACUGCUGACUUUGACGGCAUUGAUUCUUCCAGCUAUGAUGCUCUGGUCAUUCCUGGAGGCAGAGCUCCAGAGUAUCUGGCGUUGAACAAACGUGUCCUUGAAAUUGCCAAAGAGUUUAUGGAUUCCGGGAAGCCAGUUGCGUCGAUAUGCCACGGACAGCAGAUCUUAGCUGCUGCCGGUCUCCUCAAGGGAAGGAAAUGCACUGCUUAUCCAGCGGUGAAACUGAACGUGGUGCUUGGAGGAGGAACUUGGCUUGAACCGGAUCCAAUCCACCGAUGCUUCACCGACGGGAAUCUGGUGACUGGAGCAGCAUGGCCGGGACACCCAGAGUUUGUGUCACAGCUUAUGGCUUUGUUGGGCAUUCAUGUUUUUUUUAUGUAG